AUGGAGAUCGCGCUGGUGACUCUGGAGAACGGCGGCACCACGGCCAUCGCGGGUGGCGAGGAUGCCGCGGCCGCCGGCGGCCGGGCACGCUGGCGGGGCAACUUGCUACACAUCGCGGGCUCGCCGCAGCUGAGCGACGGCAAGGAGGGAGCCCCGCCGCCCGCGCCGCCGCCGAUGCCACCGCCGCCGGGGGACGAGGAGCCCGAGCGGCCCCCGCCGAGGGACGAGGAGCCCAAGCGGCCCCCGCCGAGUCCCCGCGGGAGCGGCCCCGAGGAGCGGCGGGCGGAGGGACGCGCCCCCCCCGCGCCGCCCCGGCCACCGCCCCGCGCCCCGCGCCCCGGCGCGGACGUGGGACCCCCGGAGGAAGGGGGACACCGCCGGGGCAUGGCCAUGGCAGCGGCGGGAGACGAGGAGGAGGAGGCGGCGGCGGCGGUGAACCCGGGCGCCAUGCACCACCAGCGGGUGCUGAUCAACAUCUCCGGGCUGCGCUUCGAGACCCAGCUGGGCACCCUCAAUCAGUUCCCCGACACGCUGCUGGGGGACCCGGACAAGCGCAUCCGCUACUUCGACCCGCUCCGCAACGAGUACUUCUUCGACCGCAACCGGCCCAGCUUUGACGGCAUCCUGUACUUCUACCAGUCCGGGGGAAAGCUCCGAAGGCCCGUCAAUGUCUCCAUCGAUGUCUUCGCCGACGAGAUCCGCUUCUACCAGCUGGGUGAGGAGGCCAUGGAGCGCUUCCGGGAGGACGAGGGCUUCAUCAAAGAGGAGGAGAAGCCCCUGCCCCGCAAUGAGUUCCAGCGCCAGGUCUGGCUCAUCUUUGAGUACCCCGAGAGCUCCAGCUCAGCCCGGGCCAUCGCCAUCGUCUCCGUGCUGGUCAUCCUCAUCUCCAUCAUCACCUUCUGCCUGGAGACCCUGCCCGAGUUCAGGGACGAGAGGGAGUUGCCUGUGCCCCUGCCCCCACAAGGUGGAGGUUUGAAUGGCACCACCGGGGACUCCCCACCCAUGCAGCCCCCCAGCAGCCUGGCUGACCCCUUCUUCAUCAUCGAGACCACUUGUGUGAUCUGGUUCACCUUCGAGCUCCUCGUGCGCUUCUUCGCCUGCCCCAGCAAGCCCGAGUUCUCCCGCAACAUCAUGAACAUCAUCGACAUCGUGGCCAUCAUCCCCUACUUCAUCACCCUGGGCACCGAGCUGGCCCACGAGCAGCAGCAGCCUGGGGCUGGCAGCAGCAAUGGGGGAGGGGGCCAGCAGCAAGCCAUGUCCCUGGCCAUCCUCAGGGUCAUCCGUCUGGUCAGAGUCUUCAGGAUCUUCAAGCUCUCCAGGCACUCCAAGGGGCUUCAGAUCUUGGGACAGACUUUGAAAGCCAGCAUGAGGGAGCUGGGCCUCCUCAUCUUCUUCCUCUUCAUCGGGGUGAUCCUCUUCUCCAGCGCUGUCUACUUUGCUGAGGCCGAUGACCCCGAGUCUCAUUUCUCCAGCAUCCCUGAUGCUUUCUGGUGGGCAGUGGUAACCAUGACUACUGUGGGCUACGGGGACAUGAGACCUGUCACUGUGGGGGGCAAGAUUGUGGGCUCCUUGUGUGCCAUUGCAGGUGUGCUCACCAUCGCCCUCCCUGUCCCUGUCAUUGUGUCCAACUUCAACUACUUCUACCACCGAGAGACUGAUCAUGAAGAGCAAUCUAUCCUCAAAGACGAGCACAGUAGUGCUCAGGGCAGCACAGCGGGGGCAGAUGCGAAGAGAAGACCCAGUACAAACUCUCUGAACAAAUCUGUUGUGCACUUGGAAAACAGUGAGGAGUUCAACAAUGGCACCAGCUCCAUAGAAAAAGCCACUAUCAAGGCGAAAAGCAAUGUAGAUCUCAGAAAAUCCCUCUAUGCUCUCUGUCUGGACACCAAUAGGGAAACAGACCUGUAAGGAGAGGAGAGAGUUAGAGUUCAGAGAUGUAGAAAGAUUUACUGGUGUCAGAAACUUGCUACUAUAAUUAUUCUUUUAGUACCAAUUAGUUUUUUAAGUCAGGCUGUAUUUUCUAAACUGAUCACUGUCCUGAGCAGUCCUCCAGGAAUACAUGUUUUUAUGUUCUUUUUCCAUGACACAAAGGGUCACCUAUUUUUAAAGUAGACUAAGAAUAAGCUACGCUCCAUGAUGCAGGAGCUGGUAAAUUAUGACAGUAAAAAAUCUAAUUUGUAGAAACUUACUGUAGCAAAUGGUGGUUGGUUUUAAAUGGGUAAUUUGUAACCAAUUCAGUUGCUCCAAGUUUAGUAUUAAAGAGUUGGGGGAGAUGUGUGCGUGGAGAAUGAAUGGACUGGGGGGGGAGGGAGGUUGAGGGCUUUUGUACUGUAGUUUCAAAUUGAAAUAAUUCCAAUAUAUUUUAUAUCUGUAUGAGUGUAUUUAUGGUUGAGAGGGGAUUUCUUAUUCCUGUGAAAUAUGACAUCAUUAAAGCACUAGGAACAUUAGCAGAUCAGCACUUUCAGAGUUUUCCACUUGUGAUCAAUACAGAUCUGGUUAUCCUGUAUGUGAAGUGAAUUUGGUGCUUUGAACCCUAUAGCAGAAAACUUCUGUUGUCUUGAUAUGUUAGUUUCUUGUGAGCCUUAAAUUAUUAAAUAUUGUAGAUAUACUUCUUUAUAAAUAAUUUUAUUACCUUCCUGUUUCAGAAUUUCUAAAUAAUUCAGUCAUGUGCUUACUGUCCCCACCCUGAAAGUAUGUGCAGCUUUUUUUUUUUGGUAGUUUUAGAGUUUUAUACCUUUGUUAUAUUUUUGAGACUGAAAGUAUCUUUUCCGUCUGCUGUUACUGGUUUCUAUCCAAGUGCACAACAGAUCAAAAGCAUGAGGGAGUGGACAGACAUAACAAGAAAGUAGAAUAUCAGUGCAAUAUCUGCAAAACUGUUUUCGUUGUAUGCUCCAGAUUACUUUGGCACGUGUAUCAGUCACCUUUAUGUAUGCACACACCACUUGUGUACACAGUUCACUGGUUUUAGUGAUAACAGACUGGGAAUGGAUGGCACUUGAGGAGUCUAAUGUGGCAAGCCGUGAUACUUCAAUAACCAUUGCGUGGCUUAUAUCUCAGACUGGGAUGGAGAGCAUCAUCUUUCAUCAGAACACAUCCUCGUUUGCUUUUUAUUUCCAAACAAAACCUUCUCAGUGCUGUGGAUUUUACAGUUAAGAUGACGUUGAAGGACGAGUGACACAUUCAUUGUCUUCAUCAGCGUGGUACAGUUUGCUAGUGAAGACUGACACGAAGUUGCUCCUUUAACUCAAAGAGCUGUGUUACCUUUUUUCUUGCAAAGGACAUCUCUGUUUCCCCCUCAAACUCCUGUUUUAUUGCUGAAGGAUGUUCCAUGCCUUUCCCACACACAGUGGCACAGCAAGACUAACAGAAAAAGAAGGCUUGGAUGUCAACACUCCAGGUUUCUUGUUUAUUUGUUUAUUUAGGUGGGAUGUGAUGCCAUAAUACGCUGAGAAGCUUCAACAAGACUGACAGGCAAAGUGUCCCGUGCAGCUGCACUCCAGUCUCAGGCAGAUCUCCUGUUUGCUUUGAUGGGAGUUUUUGCAUCAAAGGGAAGUGCAGAAUCAGCUCUCUGGGGAGGCUGAAUCUAAGAUGAAACAAAGAAGUGCUAUAAUUCCCUGUUGCACAUGCUGAGAUCUAGAUCACUGAAGAACUUAAAGCUUUUUGCUCAGAAUCCAUAUUAAAAAUCUUGUUUAAAGUGAGUAUGGGAAAUCCUCCAGCAGAUAAGGAUGAAACUUCCCAGGCAUAGGAUUAAGAUGGGAUGAGUUCAGAAGAGAAUAGUACACACAUGGCUUUGUAGUUUAACAGUGACAAAAGGAUGUAAAUAUACAAACUAGAAGAUGGGAUGGACACACAGCAACAGUUGUAGAAGCAGAGCUUCCCUGAUGGAUCAGGAGCGACCUGGAGCCCUGGCAGUAGCGGUGUUCUCCAGAUGGCUUUUCCACGGCAUCGUCUUCCGUAACACACCAGUGAGCCACGAGACUGAGAUGGAAAUUCCAGUGUGGGGAGGGUGUGAGUCAUGAGAUGAUCCUGACCAUUAGGAAGACACUGCUGCAGAGUCUGAAACCCAACCCAUCUAUCUAUUCCUUAUUCUCAAGAAACCUUGGGUUAGAAGUUGCCGAAAAAUUUCCUUCUGGAUAAAUAACUGUGAUGUCCCCACCAAGCACACGCUCUCAGUGAGUUGGAUUUCUUCACUGGGAUUGUUGAAACACUGUCCUGCUUGGAGGUCUCUCUUGUAGAGGAAUUGUUCAACUCCACAAAAGGAGUGAUAAAAGUUAAAAUGCUUUGCAUUCACUCCCCGGCACAAGACUUUAUUAUUUGAGAUUCUGUUUGGAAAUAAAUGAGUUCUUGUCAUAAAUUGGGCAUCUUCUACCAUGGUUCUUACAUAUCGAAAUUUCUCAUUGUUCUGGAAGAAGAUUCGAGUGUUUGUUCUCUUUCUUUUCUUGCCAUUCAUCUUUGUUUAUUUAUUUUGUAUUCUUGAGAUGUGCUUCAUCUCUGGAGUUUGUAUUUCUACUUUUAGCGUAAAAAUGCUGUACAUACAAGUCUAGAAUGCAUCUGAAGAUUAGUCUAAUUUUUCACGUGACUUCGACUUGAACAUUUUUCUGUUUCUGUUUAUAUUGCUAUUUCAAAUAUGUGCAUUACCUGUAUUCUUUAUGCCUUUUCCCUGUCUAUCACUCAAUAAAAUAAUGUCCCCAUUCU